AUGUCUCGCCCGGCGAAGUAUCGCCAGAUUCAAACCAGAUCUGCCGAAAGUGAUGGCGACGACGAGGAUCAAGAUUUCAAUUCCGACCAUGAUGCAACAUUGUCAGAUGGAGGACCCAGCAGAAACCCAAGAGGACCAACGCCAGACACAGAGCCAGAAGACACCGCACCAGAAGACACAGAGGCAGAAGCCGAAGAGUCGGCAGAAGAAGAGGAAAGAGAGGUCCCACUCAAUGCAUGGGUCCAUCUCACUCAUGAACAUUGCCGGGCCGUAUGCAAAGGACCGACCUCCAAUAGUAAGAAGGACCGGAUUAUCUGUGGAAAACUCAAGACCAAGUGCCGCCUGCACCGCGUCUUGAGAGAAGAAGGACAUCGUGCCAAACCUAUGUGGUAUGAGGGAAUUGUCUCCACCAAGGACAAGAACACCAACACUGGGGAUUACAUCAUCCAUGGUCGACAGGAUGGUUUCAGCCGAUCUGAAGAGAGAAUGGACGAAAGCCUCAACCGGGCAACAGGAUUAGACGACGAGGAGUCUCCUUCUGAAGAUGAAGAGGGACCCGAGGACACUGACCGCGAAGAAACAGACUUCGAAGCAACAGAUUUUGAAGCCAGUGAGGGAGAGACAGAAGGCCACCUCAACGAGGAUCCCGAGGCCGAUGCGCUCCAAGAGCUUAACGAUAAGAUCGCUCUGAUGGAAAGAGAGACCCAACUGUUGAGGCUGAAGGCGGAACGUGCUAAACUAGAAGCGGAGUCGCCCAAGAAGAAACCGGCCCGCAAAGGAAAGCAGGCCACUCCCAGCAAGAAGAAGGCUCGAGCAACAGGCCGCAAACAGACCCCAAUCGCCAGAAAGAAGAAGUUGAGGAAGAACAAGCCUCCUCCUAAACAAGUGUCUAUCGAAGAGGGCAACAACACUUCCAAAUCCCCUUCCAAGCCAACUGCCGCCACCGCGAGAAAGUUGGACCCAGAACUGUCAGCCACCACCACUACCGCACCAUCUGUCCUCGACACAGUUCUAAUGAAGAUCCAACCAUUCUUCGUCAAGCUCCAGGAAUCCACAGAGAAGAUGGAUCGCAUGAUGGAGCAGCAGGCCCUACAAGAGAACCAAACCCCUUCCACUACUGGAACUCCUAAUAUGAUUCCCAUGGGAUCUACCAAUCUACCUGCCGCCAACGGCCACUACGAUGCCAGGACAAUCGAGAGAAACGGACCAGCUCCUCCCACUCUGCCUACCCAAACACCACCAGCAGUAAUUACACCGACCAGACCUACUACCUAUCAAGGGCCCAUUCCUACCUACCAACAAGAUGGGUCCAAGGGUGACAGUGACAAGAUCCAUGAGAUCGAAAUCACCAGUGUUGAGAUUGAUAAGGCAAUGAUGCCGGAGGCCAUGACCAAAAAUGCGGAGAUCAACGGAACCUAUGAUAGAGCGGAUGAUAUUGCGGCGUUACCAGGUAAGACUUCGCCCGGUGGAGGAGACAGUGAAAGUGGUAGCGGAGUUAGCGAAGAUGUGCUGACUCGACUUGCGGAGACUUUGGGCUCCGACAACUCCAAGAUUACAAUGCUUGAUUCGGGAUAUGGUAGACGCAACCGUCAUGGAUUGGGUCUGAUCACCUCCGAAGACACCCUCCUGGACGCCUACAAGCAGUGCUACAAGAAAGAGGAAGUCCUCUUCAAGAACUACCGGUUCAGAAUGAUGCACUACCUCGGUCGCCUUGGAUACACGUCGUCCUUCAUUGACGACUACCUUGAAAGGGGCCUACUCCCAAGGAUUAUCAGGGAGUCCUUCCUCAACUACACUGCCCUGAUCGGCAAGAUCAUGUUCAAAUGGAACGCCACAGCGGAUCCAUGGGAAGACUCCGAAGCCUUGGUCAUCCUAAAGGUCCACUCUUCAAAUCUACUGGACAUUCGGACCAACUGCAACUCCAAGAAGAUGCUCCUGCUUCAGAACUAUGCCUAUCUUCGUGAUGCCAAGAAGAAGGGCUUUGUCAACGACACCAUCACUGAGAAGAAUUUUGAACGCCAAGACCGAAGAAACCAACGACUACGCGAUGAGCUCGAAGCAGUCAAGGCUAUCAAAGGAGGCCCCAAAGAAGGCAGAGGCAACCCACAUAAGGACCAAGACCCUUCACCAAAGAAAUGCUCCCACUGCAAAAACCGCGACCUACACAUUGCCGCUGGACUAGAGCACAUCAAGACUGUUUGUCCCCUGAAGGACCAAGCCGGAUCUUGGGCCAAGGCUGCAGCUGGAAAGGUAGCAGCCAAAUAUUCGAACGACAACAAGGGCGAGAAAACGCGUCCUAUGGAAGAAGUUAUCAAGGAGGUGUCCGAGAGUUGGGCAAAGUCCUAG